AUGGCUCCUUCAAACGGCGUCUCAUACAUUCACCCAAUGUACAAGCUCUUCUUCCAAAAAAUAGAGCCUGCCAUCACACUCUGGACCGGCUACGUCAACCUCCGCAACCGCACUCUCAGCGGAUCUCUGCUCAUCAGCAAGAUCAGCAUCGAAGACUAUUACCUCUUUCGAGACCAGUUCGUCCUCGAGCAGGCUGUGGCGCAGAUGUCAACUCGUACUUUUGGUGUGGAACUUGGCGUGCUUGAAGGGGACUUCUGA